GUUCACUGGGGUAAAGGUAGCGGCUGCUGCUGAGGAUACAAACACACCGACCGGGCUCAUUAAAUGUAUUUCUGCAGUGUGUGGAUGCAGUCAGCUAAAGUCAACACAACCUGAAGACGUCUCAGUUCCGUCCAAGGAGAAGAAAUGGAUAAUAACUUGUCAGAGACUGUGCCAGAGCGGACCUUCCAGUACCAAAACAGCCUGCCAUCCCUGCCUGUCCCAUCAGUAGAGACCAGCCUUUCAAAGUACCUGAAUGCAGUUCGUCCAUUUGCAUCUGACGAAGAGUUCAAGGCUACAGCGGAUAUUGUGAGGAAAUUUCAAGAUGGUGUUGGCAAAGAGCUUCAUCAGAAGCUACUGCAGAGAGCCAGGACAAGGAGGAACUGGCUGGAAGAAUGGUGGUUAGACACUGCUUAUCUGGAGCCACGCAUCCCCUCUCAGCUGAAUGUGAACUUUGCCGGCCCUGGGGCGUACUUAGAGCACUGCUGGCCUGCUGAAGAGGGAACUCAACUGGAGAGGGCCAGUAUCAGCACAUGGCACACACUACAGUACUGGAACCUGAUCCGCACGGAGAGGAUUCAUCCUCAGAAAGCUGGAAAAAUACCGCUGGAUAUGGACCAGUUCAGAAUGCUGUUCUGCACCUGCAAAGUACCUGGAGUAAAGAAGGACACCAUUCGUAACUACUUCAAGACAGAGAGUGAAGGUCCGUGCCCCUCCCAUUUGUUAGUGAUGUGUCGUGGACGGAUCUUCACAUUUGACGCAGUCCAUGAUGGACAAAUCCUCACUCCUCCAGAACUUCUCAGGCAGCUGAGCUAUGUGAAGCAGUGCUGUGAAGGAGAGCCGGUGGGAGAAGGAGUGGCUGCUCUCACCACAGACGAGAGGACCCGUUGGGCGCAGGCCAGGGAGCAUCUAAUAAGCAUUGACCCACAUAAUAACACCAUCUUGGAGACCAUCCAGAGCUGCCUAUUCAUCGUUUCUCUGGAUGAAGCGAAACCCUACUCCACUGCAGAGAACUACUCAAAUUUGACCGUAGAAGCCCUUGCAGGCGACCCCACCAUCCGCUGGGGUGACAAAUCAUACAAUUCACUGGUGUUCGGAAAUGGCACUUUUGCAUCCAAUUGUGAUCAUGCGCCAUAUGAUGCCAUGGCACUGGUGUCUAUGUGUUGGUAUCUGGAUCAGCAGAUCAAAGCUGCAGGAGGCAAAUGGCAGGGCUCAGAUGCAGUCAGACCUGUACCCCGUCCUGAGGAGCUGGUGUUUACUGUGGAUGAAAAAAUCCAGAGUGCUAUCAGCCACGCCAAACAGCAAUAUCUUGAGGCGGCACAGGACCUGCAGAUUGUGUGUUAUGCCUUCACAGGGUUUGGAAAAGCAGACAUCAGACAGAAGAAGUUGCAUCCAGACACCUUUGUUCAACUAGCAAUGCAGCUGGCCUACUACAGAAUUCACAAAAGGCCAGGAAGUUGUUACGAGACAGCAAUGACUCGCAAAUAUUACCACGGCAGGACGGAUACGAUGCGACCCUGCACCCAGGAGGCUGUGAACUGGUGCAAAGCCAUGAUGGACCCAACGUGUGAUGCUGACACCAAGAGGAAAGCCAUGGUGCAGGCCUUCAUGAAACACAACAAACUGAUGGGUGAAGCCCAGGAAGGAAAAGGUUUUGACAGGCAUCUCCUUGGGCUGUACCUCAUUGCUAAAGAGGAGGGUCAUCCCACUCCAGAACUCUUCACAGAUCCUCUCUAUGCAAAGAGUGGCGGUGGUGGUAACUUUGUGCUGUCGUCCAGUCUGGUGGGCUACACUACAAUCCUGGGGGCCGUGGCUCCCAUGGUGCACCACGGCUAUGGCUUUUUCUAUCGCAUCAGAGAUGACAGGAUUGUGAUCUCCAUGUCAGCAUGGAAAUCUUGCCAUGAGACGGACGCUGUGAUACUAUUCAACAACUUCUCCAGCUCCUUGCAUCAGAUGCUCCACCUGGCCACUACAUCUCAGCUAUAAGUACCCACACUGACACAUUAAUGCACACACGGUUCACAGACCCUCAGCUGAGAGCCGACAGCUACAGAUAGUCACAAUUGUUCUGAGCAAAGAUCAAUGCAAAGUUAGAGAAUCAGUACUGUUAGGUGAUAUCCACCGUCUCUGGCAUUAGGAGAAUCUAUCAACUUUUCUGUUUCAUGUAGUGAUUGAUAAACACUUUACUAUGAGUUUUUAUUUUCUGUGUAUAUGUUUUUCUUGUAUUAAUGAUUCUUGUGUAAAUUAUGUAGAAAAUGUUUAAUUUUAAAUCCUGACAGUAUUGAUCUGCCUUUAAGCUAAAAUGAUGUUAAGGCUCAAGACCUUUUUUUAUGAUGUUUGUCCUCCAGUGAGUAGAAGUUGAAGUGACACCGGUUGGGUUUCCAACCAAAUCAAGUGCAAAUUUUAACCAAAAUCAGCAAAAUAAAAUGCAAAUUUGUGCUUUUCCAUUCUAGGGGAUGAUGAAAAAGUUUGUGUAUGGAUUAAAGUUAGGUGCAACAAAAUUCAUGCCUGCAAUCAAUAAGCUGUGAAACGACCACGCAAAGUUAUUACUACUUUUACUGAAAGAUCUGUACUUCCUCCACCUCUGCAUUAGCAUAAAAUCAUGUGUGGACAGCCCCUAAAUAAACUUGAUUUCUCACCUGAAGAGCUGAUAUCCAGAGCUAUGACUCGCCAGGCUGUAUUUUUUUGGCUUUUGUCUUUGUAAUGACGGGAUAGUGGGUUGUUUAGCUGGGGAUAUUUCCUGACUCCAGCAACGAGUCUCUCCUCAUCCAUUCUUCGUCUCACAUACGAGACAACAUCACCAACAGAGUUCUCUUCAUACAACAAUGGUGAUAAGAGGAGUUGAGCUGCGAUAGAGGGAGAGAAAAAGAGCUGCUACGGGAGCCAGUAUGUACAAGCAGAGAGCGAGCGGGGGAAAAUGUAUUUAAUUUUGGGGGUGGUUAGGCUGGAAAUAGGACAGAUGGGAAGCCAGUGUAAGGAAACUAAAAAAAACCUGUUUUUAACUGUUGUUCAAACACAAUUUCCAUUGUCCAGUGAGCUCACUGUUUUUAUACAGCCAUUGUUUUCGUUCGUUUGAGGUUUGAGUGGCGCUCUUUUAGGAGGCUUUCAUAUCUUGGACCUGGGCCCCGAUCCAAGUGCAAUUGGCCCCAAACACCAGUUUGUUGGAGAAGUGUAAAUGGAUCAGGGCACUGUGUACUGUACAGUACAGGGACAGGGACAUAGUGCCCUGAUCCAUCCAACUAUACCAAAAGACAGAAGUGAAACACUAUGUAACGCGACUACAAGCAGUUUUUAACCAGUUAUAAACAGUCUCAGUGAAAUACUGAUGCCUCUAAAUCAAACAGCAGCAGAUCCGGCCUUGCUGCUCUGCUUGUUGGCACUGAUGACAGUCGUGGGGCAGCAUUGUCCAUCUUAGGCGACCUUUUCUACUUUGUAGCGCAACAAAAAUGUCACGUACAGUGGGGAGAACAAAUAUUUGAUACACUGCCGAUUUUGCAGGUUUUCCCACUUACA